AUGUCGUUUUUGAGGAAGUUUUUUGGAAGGAGCAAGCAGCCUUCGCAAAGGGAAGUACAGGCUAACAAAGUGUGUGAUUUGGACUCUGGAUACGUCUUUGUGGAUGGUGGAACUCAAAUCGGAGAACACGAUGCGGUGUUGGACGACAUGUUGGUAUCAACAACAUGUAGAACGCGUGCAGAAGAAGACCCAGCAGAAGUGGACGUUUCUGCGUGGGAAAUGGCCCGUCAAUGGACGGCCAACACGAAAAAUAAGGCACUGUCACAAGCGGCGGUGGUGACACCAGCGGUCAACUCAAAACAGCAACGGCUAGCACACCGGGUGGAAAACAUUCGCAAAAGGUCGCUUCCGGGACUCAAUGUUGGAAAAAGCGGCCACAAAACGAGCGUUGUGGUGGAUUACGUUGACACACCAAUGGAUGAGGACAUUGAAUAUUUGUACGACGACAAAUGGAACCGCAAAAGCAAGGUGGAAUCUCGUCGUGACAGAAACAACAGGCUUGGGACGUGA